AUGUCGACGUUGAAAGAGCACAUUGCAAUCGAUCAUUUGAAUCUCGCCGCUUGGCGAUGCGGAUGCUUCAAAGAAUUCUUCACGAGCGAAGCUCGAAUUAUGCACAGUGUCACUUGCGAUCAACUGAUCAUGGAGAUUCCAAAGCUCACUGGAUUGAAUCAGCUUGAUAAGUUGCAAAAGAUGACUUCAGCAGCUGUAGAACAUGAAAUCAAAAGACAAGCGACUUUGAUGUUGGAAUUUGGAAAGGCAUUUAUGGAGAGAACAAAGCUGAAACCAGCCGAAGUAGAGAAUCUCAUGCGUGCAGCGCCACUGCCAGUUAUUGGUCUUGAGCAAAUGUGCUCACCAACAGAAUCCGAUCCGAGCAAGGCAUCGACUCGUUUGCCUCAGCCUGUAUCUCAUCUAUCCGAGACUCUCACAAAUUUGAAAUCAACGCAUGCUCCAUCUAAAACAAAUAGCCUGACUACACUUUGUGUUCCAUUAGAAUCCGACUCGGACAAAGUAGUUGCGUCGUCUCGCUCACCGCAGCCUGUACCACAUCCAUCCGAGACUCUCGCAAAAUUGAAAUUUACGAAUGCUUCUUCAAGAGCAAAUAAUUCGGGGAGCACCCACAAAUCGCGUGCUUCAAGGUUUUCUCCCAGUAGAGGCGAUCGUGAUGGACACAAGGGCGACUGUAGAAAGCGCGACCAUCGUCCAAGUCCAAGAAGAUCUGAUGAUCGAAAAUAUCGUCGUCAAUCUCACUCCCGUGAACAGAACUUGGGGCUAUCGGGUAAAGCAGCUGAACUCUCAAAAGAAAUGGAAAAAGCCAUUGCACUUGCUCUCAAACCACCACCUACUGACGAUAAUGAAACGAUGGACAUGGACAUUGAAUCACCAACCGAAUCACCGAAGAAAAUUGUCUUGUCGAAAAUCAAGCUUCCUGAACCAACAGUGGUGGAGCCGCCUCGGAUAGCUCUAAUGAACGAGCCUUUACGUGAAAAUGACACUUUUUUUAAGGAACUGAAAGAGAAGUUGAUCUACGAGCAAUACAUUCAACCUAGCUACAACCCUUUGGCGCCUCGUCGCGAACCAUUACUUUCAACUCAGGGAUUUUAUGGACCCUCGAGAACAUAUUGGCCCCUACAUUCGGAGCCACAACAACCUCGAGUACCGUUUGCCGCCAUCCAGAGGCCAUGUCCAUUUCACACUGGAAGAAUUUGCGCAAAUGUUUUGCUCUGUGCGUGUCAGUUCAGCCGGGAUGAGCGAAUUAAGAAAUUUCGGAGCGGUGGUGGUUGUUCGGAUUUGCGUUGCAUCAAGCGUCAUACUGGAAAUUGUCGAUCAUUGUCCUACUGCUUAAUUUGCAAGGAGCCUCAUCAUCAAAUUUUUUGCCCUCACCUGGAUAAGCCGAAGAAAACGGAAACUGAAGAGGAAGAAAAAAAUGAGGAAAACGCCAAGGCG